ACUACCCACCGUGCCUCCUCUGCGGAGAAGCGCAGCGCCGCCCAACCCUGGGACCAGGCCUGGCCUGGCCUGGUCUGUCCCAGCCUAGCCUAGCCUAGCUUAGCCCAGCACACCUUGGCGGCAGAAGGGGGCGAGGGCGGGCUCGACGACCGCGCGGGGUCGCAGCGCAUGCGCGCAGGCCGCGGUGACCCGGCUGGGGAAGCUGCUCUGAGGUGGCCAUUUUGGAGGCGCCUUUCUCUGGCCUGCUCAGUUACCACGUGAACCGCCGCCCCGGGGUCGGCGCGGCGCGGGGUAGCCCGGCGCGCAGACGGCGGCCGGGAGGGGCCGGGCCCGCGGCCGGCGAUAGUGCGGUGGUUUGAGGGAGGGCGGGCGGGGGGUGGGGAGGCGAGGCAGCAGUAGUAGCCAGAUUCCGGCCGAGAGGCUCCCGGCAACAGCGACGGAGCGGCGGGGACGGGACGCAGCCCGCUCGUACACCCACCCCCCCUCCCCGGGGCCCCUCAGCGGCGCCGGAGCUAGUGGCGGGAGCAGGAGUGGCGGCGAGGAUGCCUUCGGUGAGCUUGCCGCCCAAGGAGAACGCGCUCUUCAAGCGCAUCCUGAGAUGUUACGAACAUAAGCAGUAUAGAAAUGGGCUGAAGUUCUGUAAACAGAUCCUUUCUAACCCGAAGUUUGCAGAACAUGGAGAAACUUUGGCAAUGAAAGGACUAACAUUAAACUGUCUAGGAAAGAAGGAGGAAGCCUAUGAACUUGUGCGCAGAGGCCUCAGGAACGACUUGAAGAGCCAUGUCUGUUGGCAUGUCUAUGGCCUCCUUCAGAGGUCAGACAAGAAGUAUGAUGAAGCUAUCAAAUGCUAUAGAAAUGCACUGAAGUGGGACAAAGACAAUCUUCAAAUCUUGAGAGAUCUUUCUCUGCUACAGAUUCAAAUGAGAGAUCUUGAAGGUUACAGGGAAACAAGAUAUCAGUUACUUCAGCUGCGACCUGCACAGCGAGCAUCAUGGAUUGGUUAUGCUAUUGCUUACCAUCUCUUGGAAGACUAUGAAAUGGCGGCAAAAAUUUUAGAGGAAUUCAGGAAGACACAGCAGACAUCACCUGAUAAAGUAGACUAUGAGUACAGUGAGCUGCUGCUGUAUCAAAACCAGGUCCUCAGGGAGGCAGGACUCUUUAAGGAAGCCUUGGAGCAUCUUUGUACCUAUGAAAGGCAGAUCUGUGACAAACUGGCUGUCGAAGAAACUAAAGGAGAGCUCCUGCUUCAGCUUGGCAGACUUGAAGAAGCAGUUGAAAUCUACAAAGGACUUCAAGAAAGAAAUCCUGAAAACUGGGCCUAUUAUAAAGGCCUAGAGAGGGCACUUAAACCAGCUAACAUGAUGGAAAGGCUAAAGAUCUAUGAAGAGGCCUGGACUAAAUACCCAAGGGGACUAGUUCCAAGAAGAUUGCCUUUAAACUUUUUGUCAGGUGAAAAGUUUAAGGAAUGUCUGGACAAGUUUCUAAGGAUGAAUUUCAGCAAAGGUUGCCCACCAGUUUUCAAUACUUUGAGGUCAUUAUAUAAAGACAAGGAGAAGGUGGCAAUCAUAGAAGAGCUUGUGAUAGGUUAUGAGACCUCCCUACGAAGCUGCAGGUUAUUUAACCCAAAUGAUGACGGUAAAGAAGAGCCUCCAACCACUUUACUUUGGGUCCAGUAUUACUUGGCUCAACAUUACGAUAAAAUUGGACAGCCAUCCCUGGCUCUAGAAUAUAUAAAUGCUGCUAUAGAAAGUACUCCCACUUUGAUAGAACUCUUCCUUGUGAAGGCAAAAAUCUUUAAGCAUGCUGGAAAUAUUAAAGAAGCUGCAAGAUGGAUGGAUGAGGCUCAGGCUUUGGACACAGCAGACAGAUUUAUCAACUCCAAAUGUGCAAAGUACAUGUUGAAAGCAAACUCCAUUAAAGAAGCAGAGGAAAUGUGUUCUAAAUUUACAAGGGAAGGAACCUCAGCAGUAGAGAACUUGAAUGAAAUGCAGUGUAUGUGGUUCCAGACAGAAUGUGCUCAAGCUUACAAAGCAAUGAACAAAUUUGGAGAAGCACUUAAGAAAUGCCAUGAAAUUGAGAGACAUUUUGUAGAAAUCACGGAUGACCAGUUUGACUUCCACACGUAUUGUAUGAGGAAGAUUACCCUUAGGUCUUAUGUGGACUUACUAAAACUAGAAGAUGUCCUUCGGCAACAUCCCUUCUACUUCAAAGCAGCACGAAUUGCUAUAGAGAUCUACUUGAAACUUCAUGAUAACCCCUUAACAGAUGAGAACAAAGAACACAAGGCUGAUACAGCAAAUAUGUCUGACAAGGAGCUAAAGAAGCUACGGAAUAAGCAGAGAAGAGCACAAAAGAAAGCACAGCUGGAGGAGGAGAAGAAGAAUGCUGAGAAAGAGAAGCAACAGAGGAACCAGAAAAAGAAGAAAGAUGAUGACGAUGAAGAAAUCGGAGGACCGAAGGAAGAACUUAUUCCUGAGAAACUGGCAAAGGUUGAAGCACCUUUGGAAGAAGCCAUUAAAUUUUUAACACCCCUGAAGAAUUUAGUGAAGAACAAAAUAGAGACACAUCUUUUUGCCUUCGAAAUUUAUUUUCGAAAAGAGAAGUUCCUUUUGAUGCUUCAGUCUGUGAAGAGAGCUUUUGCUAUUGAUUCUAGUCAUCCUUGGCUUCACGAGUGUAUGAUUCAUCUCUUCAGCACUGUAUCUGAAAGUAAGGAUCUGCCUGAUGCAGUUAGAACAGUGUUAAACCAAGAAAUGAAUCGACUUUUUGGAGCAACUAAUCCAAAGAACUUCAAUGAAGCUUUCCUUAAAAAGAACUAUGACUCAUUGCCACAUAGGUUAUCAGCUGCCAAAAUGAUGUACUAUUUAGAUCCUUCCAGUCAGAAGAGGGCAGUGGAGCUGGCAGUGACCCUGGAUGAAUCCCUUAUUAACAGAAAUCUUCAGACUUGUAUGGAGGUAUUAGAAGCUUUAUGUGAUGGUAGCCUUGGAGACUGUAAAGAAGCAUCUGAAACUUACAGAGCAAAUUGUCAUAAGCUUUUCCCUUACGCUUUGGCUUUCAUGCCCCCUGGAUAUGAAGAGGAUAUGAAGAUCACAGUUAAUGGAGAUAGUUCUGCAGAACCUGAAGAACUGGCCAAUGAAAUAUGAACAACUGUAUUGAAGAAAAAAAAAUACAUUGGACCAUAUCUGGUGUAUAAUAUUUUUGUCACGCACCUGCUGAGUUGUUCUCACUUACGUGGAGAACAGAAGGAAAAAAAAAGUUGCCUUCUAAUAGUUUUACUUUUUUUUAUCCUGCUGACAAAGUAUGUAUAUAAAAUGUCUAACAUAUUACUGCAUAAGAGGUUGUUUGGUUUCUUAAAAAUUAAGAGCUGCUAAAAUUGAAGAAAAAAAAACCCAACCCUAUCUCCCUACCCAUGGUUUUUAAAAUAAUUUAUAUGAAUAUAAAGGAGGCAUAGAGCCCUUGGAGCAGGUGUGUGGCAGAAAUAUUACUUUAAAUUUGUCUUGUGAGAUUACUGUUAUCUCAGACAGCAAAAACUGCUGUUUUAGCACUGGAUCCUUUCACUGAGCACAAAGAGUUGAUGGGGGCUUUAGCAUCUGACUGAUUCUUUUUUUUUUUUUUUUUUUUUUUGAUGCGGAGAUUGUUCUGUCCAUAGGAAGUAAGCAAUGGGAACCAGAACAUCAUCCAGAGAAACCCGCAGUGGGGGCAUUGUGUUGUGGAUGCUGGGACGUAAGGAUAUCAAGCAGGAUUAAGGAACAUAGUGUGUUCAACAAGCGUGUUGUGGCUCUGAGAUUCACUGUAAGCCAUCAGUCUGCUGUUCUUGCACCACAGUUUUUAACUGAAGGAACCAGUUCAAACUCCAUUCUCUCUCUCUUUUUGAACGAAAGUGGGGGUCGGAGUGCAGGUUGGGGUGGGGAGGAUGAUUGCUGUUCUUGAGAUGAACCUAUCAGCACAAGUCAGCUAAAACUUUUAAAACUGUAAUGCAAGAACCAAGUAAAAUCAUGCACUGUGAUGUGGCACCAACUAAUCAGUCAGAGUACACAUUUUUUUUCACCUAGAGUGAAACCAGAAUGAGAACAUACUAUGGCUUGAAAGCUGCAAAGAGAACUCGUGACUACCAUUGUGACUACUCAAGAGACUCAUAGUUGCAAACCUCAGCAGGCCUUGUUCACAUUAUGCAGAUAUUUAAAAAAAAAAAAAAAAGUGCUGCAGUUUAGAUACCUCUGAAACUUUUCCACAGUGUCACAGGUUUGUAAUACUUGAAGCCCUACAUUUCUAAGAAUAUAUUUCUUGCUCAGUUGUUUCAGGCAAGCCCGAGACUUUGUAACUUUUAAGGGGCCCAAGAUUUUCUUUUCAAUAACAGACCAGCUUCUUAUUCCUGCAGUUACAGAUGUAAUUUCCUUUGUCAAACAUAAGGUACCAAAUAUAAUGCAAUAAAACGUUUUGAAAAACAA